AUGAAAGAGAUAAACAGUACAUUAGAAAACGUUUUAGGUGAAACUAAUAAAGAAACCACAAUAAACAAUAAAAGACGAGUAUUACAACCAAAAUUUGUUAAAAAGACUGAAGAUAGAGAAGAUAAUCUAAAAGAUAAACACUGUUCAAAUAAAAACAUUGAAAGUAUAUUAAGCACACUAAAAUCAAUAAACGGAUACUCAAUAAAAAAAGAAGGGAAUAUUUUAACAUUUAGAAGUGUGUAUGCGUUUAAAAAAGAAGAUAUUUUUCAAUUUCAAAUAACAGAUAAUGAUAAGAUAAGUAUAAUACAGACAAAGUUUUUAAAAGAAUGGGAGCAUUUGAUAGAAAAAUACUUAAUUAAGAAAAAAUCAAUACCAGGAUUUCUAUCAGCAAUAACAUUAGAAUUAAUGGAGAGAAAUACAUUUGAAUAA